UUUAAGAAGAUCCCGGAUCAGGAGCCAGAACAUGCCGGAGAGGAAACGAAGAAGGCGGGUGGAGACGACUCGAAGAAGCUGUUCCAGAGGAUUUGGAGCGAUGAUGAUGAGAUAACAAUCUUGAAAGGCAUGAUUGAUUAUACUACCAAGAAAGUGGCGGACCCAUAUUCUGAUAUGGGUGCGUUUCAUGAUUUUAUCAAGAAAUCGCUGAAGGCCGAUGUGAACAAGACCCAAUUGCAAGAUAAGAUUCGUAGGAUCAAGAAGAAGUAUGAGACUAAUGUGGCCAAGGGGAAGAAGUAUAAUCCUGUUAAGCCUCAUGAGCAAAAGUUGUUCGACUUUUCGAAGAAGGUAUGGGGUAGCGGCGAAGGGUCAAUUGGGCUCAGUGGGUUGUCUGAACAGUCAAAGUCUAAUGGGAAGGCUAGGACAAAUCAGAAGGGUAACAACAAGACUUUGGCUUCACUUAAAGCUGAGCUGUUGAGUUCACCGGAGCGCCCAAAGGAGUGUGAGAAGGUGGAUUUUGGUCUGAAGCCGUGUGGUUCUGAAAGUUUGAGUGAGGUGAUUGGGUUUGAUAAGGGUUUCAGAGAGCUGGGGUUGCCGGAGGGUGUCGUGAAGCAGGGCUUGGAGUUGAUUGGAGGAGCCAAGCGAGCUGAGUUGAAGGAGAAGUGGAAGAAGCUGCAUGUUGCUGAAUUGGAGCUUUUUGUUAAAAGGAGUGAGUUGAUGAGAGAUCAGGCUAAGGUGAUUCUAGAGGCGUUAAAGUCAUCUGAGCAUUAGAACCUUGGAUCAGGUAUAACAAGGCACUGUGUUGAUGUCUAGCAAGACAAUGUUUAAAAAAUUUAGUAAUUGUUAAUUAAGAACUCUGUAGUAUUUAGCUGCUUAGUUUGUCUGUCUAUUAAAUCUUUCUUUGCCCUUUGUUGUCAUUCUCUAUAACUUUGAUUUAAAGUUAAUUAUGUGGCAAUGAUAUUGUCAGUUUUGUUA